AUGGCUGCCCCUCUUUCUCUGGUGCUUCUGCUCAUGAUACACAGGGUUUAUGGUUGGUAUGUGAAUUACAGACCAUUUGAUAUUUGCGCACUAAAGGGUUCAACAGUGAGUAUGACUUGCUUGUACCCUACUGGAUAUCAGAUAACAGAAGUGUUCUGGACCACGUCAAAGAGUGUAAAACUUUCAGGCCCUGAAAUCAGCCAGUGGGAGUGCUCUUCAGGAUAUCAAGAAAACUGCUACUCCAUCAGUUUCAAUGAGGUGACACAGGAGGAUUCAGACAACUACUAUUGCUCUUUCAAUUGUUUAUGUGACCAUUUUAUUACUGGUUUUCCAGGAGUGCGUCUCUCAGUCACAGAUCUUCAGGUGGAGUCUCCUGAGAGAGUGACAGAGGGAGAUUCAGUCCGUCUGACAUGUAGAAGCAGCUGUAAACUGACUGACACACCAACAUUCAUCUGGUACAGCAACUCACAGCCAGUAACUACAGGGAGUUUUUGCACUAUUGGAAAUGAACUCGUCUUCAGUUCAGUCAGUAGGGAACAUACAGGCUACUAUAGCUGUGGUGUGUGGGGACAGAAUUACAUAUCUGCUACUGUUUAUCUUGACGUCAGAUACCCACCAAGCAGCGUCUCAGUGUCCGUCCAUAGAUCUACUGUAAUAAAGGAGGGAGAUUCAGUGACUCUGAGCUGCAGCAGCGACUCAAACCCUCCUGCAGAAAUCUACUGGUAUAAAGGAGCACUCAUUAUCUCUAAAGACAUUUACAGAAUCAUAAAGAUCAGCUCUGAUGACAGUGGAGAAUACCGGUGUAGAGCCAGAAAUGAACAUGGAGUUAAAUACUCUGAUCCUGUGACUUUAGAUGUCGAGUAUCCACCAAAGAGCGUCUCCGUGUCCGUCAGUGGAUCUGCUGUAAUAAAGGAGGGAGAUUCAGUGACUCUAAACUGCAGCAGUGACUCAAACCCUCCUGCAAACAUCAGCUGGUUUAAAGGAACAAAACUUCUGAAAUAUGAAAGAAUCUUUAGCAUCUACAAGCUCAGUUGUGAUGACAGUGGAGAAUACAACUGUAAGGCCAUCAAUAAAUAUGGAGGGAUGCUCUCUGAUUCUGUGACAUUAAACAUCAUGUAUCCUCCAAGGAAACCAGUAAUCUCCUUUAAUCGAUAUGAUGUAAUAAUGGAGGGAGAUUCAGUGACUCUGAGCUGCAGCAGUGACUCAAACCCUCCUGCAGAAAUCAGCUGGUUUAAAGGAAAUAAAAAUCUGAAUUCUGGAAGAAUCUUCAACAUCUCCAAGAUCAGCUCUGAUGACAGUGGAGAAUACAAGUGUAGAGCCAGAAAUGAACAUGGAGAGAAAUACUCUGAUCCUGUGACUUUAAAUGUCCAGUAUCCACCCAGGAACGUCUUCGUGUCCAUCAGUGUUAUAGUGUUUGGAGAUUCAGUGAGUCUGAUGUGCAUCAGUGACUCAAACCCUCCUGCUCUGAGCUUCAGCUGGUUUAAGGAGAAUCAAAGCUCAGCUGUUGGAUCUGGACAGAGUUUCAGUGCAGUACAGAGUGGACGCUUCUACUGUGAGGCUCACAAUCCACAUGGAGCUCAGAGAUCAGACGCCGUCACUGUCACUGUUCAUCAAGGUGCUUGGAGAAAUAUGGUGUUUGUGAUCGCAGCGGCAUCUGGAGGAUUAUUCAUCAUUAUUUUCAUACUACUAUUUAUAAUCAGUCAAAGGAAAAGGAUAAACCGAAGAUCUGCUAUACACCAGUAUGAGAACAAUUGUCCCGGUAUAAACAGAUACGCAGCUCUUGACCCCAACUCCAGAUCUCCAGACCAGUACAACAUGCUCAAUGCUGUCCAUCCCACACCUGCUCUUCAACGGUCGGGUUGUUCAGAAUAUGAGAAUCACCAAGUCUAAGUCCAAGUCACCAAGUCUUGGUUGAUCACCAAGUCUAUUCAACACAAUCAAGAGGAAAAUCCCACGUUCCUCAAGUUAUUCACUAACAGUAAAGAAAUUAAUACUGUUUCUAUGAAUGUGAUUCUCUUUACAGCAAUGAUAUUCUUUAUAUAUGUUGAAGGAUCCACACACAUCACAGCUACCAAUGAAAAGGAAAAUGCAUCUUUAGGGUUUUAUUGUGGGAGUGUGUUGGUGUUUCUUGUACUGUAGAAAGUAAUGGAUUAACUCAACAUGUGACCUCAGCCUGUAAUGACUGUGUAGUCAAAGUCUAAAUAUUAAAUGAUCUUUCCAUUGUCAAGUCAAGGUCAACGCUGUUCUUUUUACAAAGUUUGCAAUAAAUUACACAGCUGACACAUUUGUAAGAAGCUAAAUUAUCAUAUGCAUUUGUUUAUAUGACAAAACAUGUCUUUUUCACUCAAGAAGGUCCAUACUGACUCCAAAGGCAGAUACUAAUAAGAUCAGGGCCUGGUCUGUGGACUUUGGGGGUUUUACGAUGUGGUCACAUGUUGAUUGGUCAGUUUGAAUGUCUCUACAUUUGGGCUUUAGUCACAUGGUAAAGAAAGAUACAAAAUAGGUGGUAAAUUGCUGCUCUGCCUCCUUUCUUUUCCUGGUCUGCACUUUCCUGCUCUGCUCCUCUCCUCCUCUGGAGUCUAUCUUCUCUGACUCUACUGCAAUCAGGCUAACUUCUGGGCCUGCUCUCUUUGUCUCUCUCUCCCUCCACCUUUGUCUCUCCUACCUCUGGUAACUUUAAUUUAACAUUUAAGCUGGGUACAACUUAUAUCAUAUGUUUUA